AUGGCCCAGAACACUGGACAGGGACGGCAGCGACAUAACACGACUGGAGGGUCUUCAUCAGUGGUCUUGUCUACAGCCAGCUCCUUCUUCUGUUUCCUUGCACUGCUUUCAGUGAUGCGGCUGCCGGUGGUAAAGGCGGACUGCUGGCUUAUUGAAGGGGAGAAAGGCUUCGUGUGGCUGGCUAUCUGCAGUAUGAACCAGCCUCCCUACGAGGCCAUCCCCUCCCACAUUAACAGCACUAUUGUGGAUCUGAGGCUGAACGAAAACAAGAUACGGGCGGUCCAUUAUUCUUCACUGAGUCGCUUCAGCAACCUCACCUAUCUGAACCUGACCAAGAACGAUAUCAGUUACGUGGAAGAUGGAGCGUUUUCAGCACAAUUUAAUCUGCAGGUUCUCCAGAUGGGCUUUAACAAGUUGAGGAACCUGACAGAGGGCAUGUUGCGAGGCCUGGGCAAGCUGCAGUACCUUUACCUGCAAGCCAACCUCAUUGAGACUGUUACACCCAACACCUUCUGGGAAUGUCCGAAUAUAGAGAAUAUAGACCUCUCCAUGAACAGGAUUCAGGUGUUGGAUGGCAGCUUGUUCUCUGGACUCUCUAAGCUGACCACCUGUGAACUUUACACUAACCCCUUCAAUUGCUCUUGCGAGUUGCUGGGUUUCCUUCGCUGGCUUGCAGCCUUCCCCAACAGGACCAGUGAGAGGAUGGUGUGUGACUCCCCUCAUGGAUUCUCGGGGUACAACCUUCUCAACCAAAAUCCCCGCAUGCUUAACCAGCGCAGUGCUCUGUAUGCGCUCAGUCACGUGUGCACAGAUGACAGCAGUAGUGCAACAUCAUUCUAUGGUAUUGAUUCCACAACUCCUCCGCCAGAUUUCGCCUCUCCCUGCGGACUGGAUGAUUGCGCUUCUGGGACCCCUCCUGAUGGGGGUGAGGUGAUCAGCUUGAGUCCCAUUUUCCCCGAUGCCAAACCCAUUAUGACUGUAAAGCAAGUGCUACCUUCGAGCGCUGUGAUAACAGUUCAGAUUCCCGAUCCGUACAAGAAAAUGUACAUCCUGAUGCUUUAUAACAAUAGUUUCUUCACGGACAUUCAGAAUCUGAAAGAUAAAAGAGAAGAUAUUGAGCUAAAGAACUUAAAACCAAACACUGACUACACCUACUGUGUGGCUUCUAUACGAAACUCCCUUCGCUUCAACCACACCUGUCUGACCAUCUCAACAGGCCAUCGAGUCGGAACAGAGAAAGUACCCGGACCGCCAUCAGUAACCCAUUACAUUAUGACAAUUUUGGGAUGCCUGUUUGGAAUGCUGGUGUUCCUUGGCUUUGUUGUCCACUGCCUGAGGAGAAAGAGGAUCAUGGAGGAAAAGGAAAGGAAGAUGAGCAGGAUCCAGAGAACACUGAUAGAGCUAAAGUAUGGUGGAGAAGGGGAUAUAGAGGGAGGAAGUGGAGGAUCCGUUUCCCAGAAGCUUGGUGCUGGGGACAGUCUGUCCAGAAUGCCCUACCUACCUCAGGGUGGUGAGAUAGAUCCAUACAAGCUUCAGGAGGUGAUAGAGACACCGGCCCACAAGCCCCCUAAACUCAACUAUAUGGAGGUCAGAGGGUCGGACAUUGAAAGGGAGAGAGAACGAGAGAGGGAAAGGGAGAUGUCGCCGCAAGCAAAUCCCCAAGGCUCAGUAGCAGAGAUCUCUACCAUUGCCAAGGAAGUAGAUAAAGUUAACCAGAUCAUCAACAAUUGUAUAGAUGCUCUCAAAUCUGAAUCUACCUCCUUUCAACAGGGGAUCAAAUCCCCCUCUUCUGCAGGUGGAGGAGCUGUUUCAACAGCAGAGCCACAGCUGGUGCUUCUGUCUGAGCAAGGAGAAAGGGAACGAGGAGGUGAGUUCCUCUCCCCGGUGUACAAAGGAGGGAGAGGAGGAAGAGAAGAGAGGGGGAGAAGUUACCAUCAUUCAUUACAGCGACACCACAGCAUGGAGGCUCCUCCAACAUCUAAAAGGCCCAGCACGUCCUCCUCUCCCGGCUCUGCCCGGAGCCCUCGCUCCUUCCGCUCAGAGGGAGGGUACCACUCAUCAGAGUCCCGCUACAUCGAGCGAGCCUCACCAGGAGAGCGAGGGGAAAGGGGAGGCGGGGGAGGUGAGCCCAUCCGCACAGUCACCCCGGCUGCAGCCAUCUUACGAGCUGAAGCCCAGAGAAUCCGCCAGUACAACGAGCACCGUCACUCUUACCCCGGCUCCCAGCAGCAUCUCCAGGAGCUGCAGCACCACCCCCAGAUCCUGCAGGAGCUCCACCACCACCCAGGGGGGCGCAAGCCCUCGGUGUUAGACCCCCUCACUCUCAGCAGGCAGGCCAAGCAGAGGGAGUUAGCCUACUCCCAGCUUUCGCCACACUACCCGCUCUCGCCACAGUACCACAACCUGAGCUACUGCUCCAGCCCCGAGGAAGACGAGGAGGAGGAAGGGCUCCUCUGCACCCCAACCCUGGGGCUGUGGGAGCGGUUCAAACUGCAUCGCAAGAGGCACAGGCAGGCAUCCAUGGAGGAUGAAGGCUACGUGGCAGCCGGACAUGCGCUGAGGCGAAAAGUUCAGUUUGCCAAGGAUGAAGAUCUCCAUGACAUACUGGACUACUGGAAGGGUGUGUCCGCCCAGCAGAAGGCCUGAUCCCACGUGUGGAGACCCCCCCAAACCAUUCGAAGAUGGAAAAUUAACAAAAGUGCAUCCAUGACAUACUGAUACACAGUGACUUAUUCAACAAAGAGCUGUAAAUACACACAAAUGCACACAUCUUACAGGAUCUACAGAAUCAGAUUGCACAUACGUGUACACACAGACACACACACAUGGACAUACUUUACACAAACUAAGCCUUUUCUUCUGAGAGCACGGAGGAGGACCAAACUAAUAUAUUAUACUGAACGACAAAAAUUAUAACAUAUAGAGACUGAGUUACUUUUUGUAAUGUAAUGGAAGUUAUAGCUCAGACUUAUGUAGCUAUUUGUACUAAGUUUUGAAUGAAGAAAAACAGAAUCAUCAGUAAGAAUAGAAACCUUAAAUGUUUGCUGGGCGGGCCAUCCUGAACAGUCCAGGGAUGCUUUCAAUCUCGUCGCAGCGGUGUAUAAUAAAGACUUUGCUUUUCCGGAGAGGUUGUUUUUCGCGUCCUGCGAUGCUGCCACAUGAGUGGGCUUUUUUAUUUUAUUUUUUUAUUUUAUUUUUUUUUAAACUUCUGCGAUUUCGGAGAUUGAAAACAUCAAAAGCAACCAAUUCUGGAUGGGUCGCCGGGCUACAGUAAUAUUUAACUGUGCUGAGAAUGAGUAGGUAGCUCUCAUCAGAGAGUGAAUAUAAUGUGCCAAAUCAACCAAGGGGAUAGUAGAGCCCUACUGUGUAUCAACCUCUCCUCACCACUGUUUUUAUAUACAGGGUUUUAAAAAAAAAAGG